UCGGUAACGCGUAAACAACGGGAAAACAUGGCGGAAGGCGGUGGCGUGAGUACUGUGAGCGAAAACGUGCCAAGCUAUGAACAUAUCGACGUGAAUUCAACCCCGUUUCACAUCGGCACGUUCAGGAAUCUGUGGUUAGGCAUGCUGCAUCCUGAAACGUACUCCUACAGCCAGACGUCCCCCGAGACAGAGGAUCUGAGGUUCAUUAGCGACAUGGGCAUCGCUCCGGAGACGCUGGCGGAGCUCAAGUCCGUGUGCAGCACCGAUUCUCUGCGGAGCCACCCAGAGCACGAGCCCCCCGACACCGAAGCUGUUCCCCCAGAACCUCAGCUCGCGACCUUGAAACUUCGAAAGAGGAGGCAAGAUUAUAAGAAGAGUCUCAUACGUGACAGUAUGGGAAGACACGACGUUUAUGCUAAUGAAAUGGAGUUGCUUGCUAUAGGAAGAAGACCAGAAGACUCUAAAGAUUUGAUUCCUGAGGGAGAGCUCAUUCUGAGUUUCAAUGUCGUGUACCCUGUCCUGUUUGAGCGGUUUAAACAUGUAAGGGCCUACCAGACCCUGCAUGUUCUGGGCUCCCAGAAACUAACAGAGCUGAGGGAUGCCAUCUGCUGUGUCAGCGACCUGCAGGUGUUCGGCGAAUUCAGCAACACGCCUGACACGGCCCCGCAGUUUCUCAGCAAGGAUCACUACAAAUCUGCCUUCUUCUUCUUUGAGGGAACUUUCUUCAAUGACCUGCGGUUCUCAGAAUGUCGGGAUAUCAGCAAGACCACACGAGAAUGGGCAAAAACACAUGAUUUCCCAGAUUUUAAAACAGCCAGAAUGGAAGAUACAACUUUCUAUGACCUGAAAGUGAAGGUGGGAUAUCCGUACCUGUACUGUCACCAGGGCGACUGUGAGCAUGUCAUCAUUCUCACUGAUGUCAGGCUCAUGCACAGAGAUGACUGCUUAGACAGGAAGUUUUACCCACUACUGACCCACAAGCACAGGGUUGCAACCCGGAAGUGUUGCGUGUGCCACCUUUACAUCAGCAGAUGGAUAACGACCAAUGACGCUCUAGCUCCAGUGGAUCCCUGCCUGUACUGUGACCAGUGCUUCCGUAUGUUUCACUACGACGACCACGGCAACAAACUUGGCGAUUUCAAGGCAUACGUCUACAUUGACCCUGGAGCGUUUAACUGAUAUGGCCUCGAAAUACUUACAAAUACUUCUGCAGCUGCUGGAUGGUCUCACUUUUCCUUUUUCACUGUUGCUGUAAUUAAAACGGCCAGUCGGAGGUUCCAAAAACUUAAUGUGCUGUCUCACAACAGCAGCUGCCUGUGUCCUGGAGGUCCUCGGAAGGAGAACGCAGUAGAUGUGCUGAAUACCUCAUCGUGUUUUUGUCAGUCACCUAGGUUGGGGUGCAAUAUUUGAGAAUAUUUUCUGAAUAAAAGUUGAAGAAAUAA